GAAACGAGCGGAAGGAGGAGGACGUCUGCCUCUCCUUUAAGGGGGCUCCAGGAGCGACCGAACCCACUUUUUUUUUAUUUUUAUAAAACGUCGGUCUGAUCAGAGCAGGAGCCCUGGGUCCUUUCCGCGUCAGCCCAGGGGAGACCAUGGACCAGCUAUCCAGCCGGUCAGGGAUUGGCAGCGAUGAAGUUACGGAUGAAACGGGAUCCCUGGCAGACGUCAGGCUGAGCUCGGACGAAGACAGCUCCGAUGCUCUGGCUCCGUGUCUCGCUGUGCCUCAAUCUCCUCUGCCGAGCUACAAACAGAGGGUGGAAGAGUUCAAGAGGCUGUUCAAGGAGGUGCCUGAAUCUGAAAUACUCAUAUUAGACUAUCCCUGUGCCCUCCAUCGGGACAUUCUCCAUCAGGGACGCCUAUAUCUCUCCGAGAACUGGCUCUGUUUCUACAGCAAUGUGUUUCGUGGCACAAAGAUUGCACUGUCUCUCAAAGACGUCACCUCAAUGUCCAGAGAGAAAACGGCGCGAUUUAUCCCCAAUGCCAUCCAGAUCUGCGCGAACGAUGAGAAGUAUUUCUUUGCUUCCUUCUCUGCAAGAGAGAAAAGCUAUCUGAGCGUUUUCCGCAUGUGGCAGAACACUCUGCUGAACAAGUCUCUGACGUGCCCAGAGCUGUGGCAGAUGGUUAAGCAGCAUUAUGGCAACGAUCUGGGCCUGAGCAAUGAGGACAUGGAGAGUUUACAGGUGUCACCAGCAGAAUCAAGCGGGCAGACCAGCCUGCAGCAGAAGCUCAACGGCGGUGGUGACGAUGGUGUUGGAAGACCGGAGCGGCCCAACAGCCUCCGCCUCCCGGUGGUGGAGUACGGUCCGUUGCAGAGCUCCACUCCUCAAGCCGAGGACCUCCCCUCUUCCAUCAGCUCACCGAAGGCCCCCAACGUGGACGAGUCUCGCAACAGCCCGCUUCUGCCGAGAAGUCCGGCUCCCUCGAUGGAGAGGCGCGUCCCGGAGCGCCUUUCCAAGCGUUCGGCGCAGUCCCUCGACCUCAACGCCAACGAGAACAACGAGUCGGAGCAAAGCGGCUCAGAAACCUUCGACGAUGUGGAGGACCGACUCAGCGGGUCCGAGGAGCCGGGGCGGCUGUAUCUCAACAGGGUUUUCCACAUAAGCGCCAACAAAAUGUUCGAGCUGCUCUUCACAGACUCCAGCUUCACUCGCAGGUUUCUGCACACCCGCAGGAUAACAAAUCUCAACUUCACUGCUUGGCAGAAGGACGAGUCGGGGAACAACAAGCGGAACCUGAACUACACGAUAACCAUCAAUAACCCGCUGAUUGGGAAGUUCUCCACUGCUACAGAGACACAGACUCUGUACAAAGAAUCCAGGGAGGGUCAGUACUACCUGGUGGAUGCCGAGGUGUACACUCAUGACGUUCCCUACCAUGACUACUUCUACACGCAAAACCGCUACUACAUCAUAAGCGUCUCCAAGAGGAAGUGCCGACUAAGGGUGUACUCUGACGUGAAGUACAGGAAGCAACCAUGGGGUCUAGUCAAAUCCUUCAUUACCAAAAACUCCUGGAGUGGCAUUGAAGAAAAUUUUAAACAGCUGGAAGCUGAACUGCUGGAGGAGGAGGCGGAGAUGAACCAGGCAGCCGUGGAGUCGGGGAAGCUGGGAGGGGUCCGCCGGAGGAGGCGAACGUUCAGCCGGACCCUGCUGGAUCAUAAAAGGCCCAGCAAGCAGUACGGGCAGGAUCCGGAGCACAGAGACGGCAACAGGGGCCCCGCAGAAAUGACGGGCACACACAGAUGGAGCACUACGGCGAUAGUUGCUGCCAUGAGUCUGAUUCUGCUGAUCCUGGUGGUGCUGAAUCUGGGCUUGUUUUUCAAGCUGUGGGCCAUGGAGGACGUGGCUCACCGCAUGUACCUGACGACGAAGCACCGACUGAGGGAGAGGAUGGAGACCAGGUUUGGAGCACAGUACGGUCCCAAACCAGGGCCAGGGGUCGGGCCCAAUGAGGACAUGCAGCUGCUAAAAACGGUCCUGCAGGACUCCAUUCAGCUCCUAGAACAACUUCGUACCUCUCUGGUUCUGCUCCAGCAGAACUUUGCCAUGGCCAAUCGAACAGCAGCACCGCAGUGACCUUCCCCCGCAGCACACCGAGGCCGCGCUCACCUCCGUGGUGAAAGACCAGCCGCCGGGUGCAUCAGGCUCCCCAGAGGAGUCCUGGUAUCCACAGCUUUGUUGCUCCGCUGGCGUCUCCAGACGUGUUGCCAGGGUUUCGAUCCAGCGCGGCGGGACGACCCUGGUGACGGAGCUGGCCUCUGGAGAACCUGGAGCAGCGGGUGUAAACUUGUUCAGGGUUUUUAAAAUGCUGGCAUCAUGUUUCUCUGUUUUUUACCCAGAGCUGUGCCACAUGCAGGUGAUAAUGUAAAUAUUUAUCCUGGUUUUUUUUGUUGUUUUUAGCUUUGCUACGUGCAUUAAUAUUUAAGAAUUUUAAUUUUUUUUUUUGCACAAGUCUUGUGAAUACCUCUCAAUCUUGUUUUUAAUCCUAAUUAAAAAACAAAAACGAAACUGUGGACUCAGUGAUUCAAACUUGAAAGUUUAUUUGUCGUUUAGUGAUCAUAAAUCUUGUCGGUGCCAGUUUUGGUUUAGGUGUUUGGUUUAUUUUUUUUUCCACAUUUAAUUUAUAUAUCAGGGAUCGCAUAUUUGUGAUUAUGACGUGCCUGGCCUAGAUCACUGUGUAUAAUUCAUAUUUCUCUCUUUGUAUGUUCUGAUUUUGAUUCAUAAAGGUUGAAGUUUUUUUUUUUUUUUUUUUUUUUCUGCUGGUGACACACGGUACAGUUGAGCCAGGUUUAUUGUUUACAAUGUUUCUCCUCCUGAAUGUUAGGACAGCCCUGUUUCAUUCAGCUCUUCUUCAUGCUGUGUGACUAAAUGAUUACUUUCUACAUUAAAAAGUUCAGGAUAGCUUCUUUUUUCUUUCUUUCUGUGUGUCACCAUUUUCCUGCUGAUGGAAGGAUAUUUGAUCUGUAUAGAAAUGUUCACUCCUUUGCAUUAGUCACCUCACGUGUUAGUUUGAACACUAAAGCUGAUUUUUAAGGCUAGCUGGACUUUAUAUCCUCGAAAGGGAAAAACAAUAAAUGAUUAAAUGAAACUAAAGCCCAACGUCUGACCAGAA